ACGUGGCCAGCAGCCUCAAGAAGUAAACAAAACUGGAUUUCUCUUUAAAAAAACUUAUUUUGUGUUGCACUUGUGUUAAUAUGAUAGAACAUGUACGUGUUUAGAAGUAAACCUUCGGCCGUUCGGCAUGCCACGCUCAGGAAAAACUCAUUAGAUGAUUAUUUUGUGUUAAUAGCCAAGUAGUGGCAUGCCGAGGCUUUAGACCUGUGGAAACCUGGAACAUGACAUUGGGAGGCUUUAUUAGACCUGUGGAAACCUGGAACAUGACAUUGGGAGGCUUUAUUAGACCUGUGGAAACCUGAUCUGGAGUGUUGAACCAUACCAAAGCAGAUGACCUUUGACCGGUCUCGUGACUGAGGAGAUUUUGGCGAGAAUUGAGAAAUGAAGUUUGUAAACCUUUUUGGACGUUUGAAAACAAACAUUAUUGGUAUGAUUCAUGUGCGAGCCUUACCUGGCAGCCCUUUGAGCAGAGUCACUGUCCCCGAGAUAAUUGAAGAGGCUUGUCGAGAAGCAGAAAUCUACCACCACGCAGACCUCGAUGGGCUGAUUAUCGAGAACAUGCAUGAUGUCCCUUAUGUGUUCGACGUGGGUCCAGAGGUGUGUGCAUCUAUGACGGCUGUGUGUGCUGCCGUCAGGAGCCUUUACCCGUCCCUGCCCAUCGGCGUACAGAUACUAUCGGCUGCCAACCAGACUGCUCUGGCUGUGGCACUUGCAGCAGGGCUGGAUUUCAUCCGAGCAGAGGGCUUCGUGUUUUCCCACGUUGCUGAUGAGGGUCUCCUGAAUGCGUGUGCUGGAGAACUGCUGCGUUUCCGCAGGCAGAUUGGAGCAGAACACAUUCAGAUCUUCACUGACAUCAAGAAGAAACACAGCGCUCAUGCGCUGACCGCAGAUGUGAGCAUCGCUGAGACAGCCCAGGCAGCUGAACUCUUUCUGUCGGAUGGUCUGGUCAUCACAGGUCCUGCCACUGGCGUCCGAGCGGAUCCUGCAGAGCUUAAGGAGGUUGUUCAGGCUGCAAGACUCCCUGUGCUGACUGGCUCUGGAGUGACUAUUGACAACGUGGAACACUACCUGGAUGCAAAUGCCAUGAUCAUCGGCUCAUAUUUUAAGAAACUUGGCCGUUGGGACAAUGACGUCGAUCCGGAGAGGGUGAGAAGGUUUAUGGAGAAAAUCCACAGCCUUCGCAAGUGACGAACAUGAUCAGAGCUAUAUCUAUAAAGCUACAUGGGGAAAAACAUCUUUUCGGGUUAUGUUGUUAAAUCUUUCAGACAGUGAAAUCCUCACUGUGAUGAUAAAACAGUAAUAAAACAUUUUUAUUUUGCAUUUUAAAAGUGAAUUUAAACAAAUAUAUUAUUGGAUACAAAACACUAACAUGUUUCAUUAAUAUAUACAGUCUGCAUUUACAGAUAAAACACAGGAACCUUAGACAAUACAGCAAGUGUGUCUGUGCUGGUUAAGAGAAAACAGGUUACAUA